CAUUCAAGGGCAGGGAAGAAAUGCUCUUCUUCUAGAACUUGCCUGGGCCUGGAGGUUUCUCUGUUAGGAAGACAUGAACUUUUCUGGAAAGAGACCCAACUGUGCUUUGAGCUGUUUGUGGAAAAGACCCUGUAUUUGAAUCCCUGUUCCAAGAACAGGGACACCUGAUCAAUGCCUGACACACAGCCUUGGGAGCCCACCACCGAGCAGCCCUCUGAUAACAUCUCUUGGACAAACAGUACUGAAAAAUUUGUGUGAUAUGAAAGGAUGACAGACUCCGAAGGGCCCCAGAGUCACAGGCUGUGUUUUUUGUCUACGUUGCUUUCCCAGAAGGUUCCUGAGAAGUCAGACGUUGUGCUUCGCUGCAUGAUUUCUGGUCAGCCCAAGCCAGAGGUCACCUGGUAUAAGAAUGGUCAAGCCAUAGAUGAGUGUGGCAUUGUUUCCAGUUAUGAGCCCUUUGAGAAUCAAUAUAUUCAUAUGUUGCAUCUUUCUUGCUGUACCAGAAGCGAUGCUGCUGUUUAUCAGAUUUCUGCCAGAAGCUGCCUGGGAAUGAUCUGCUGCUCUGCUUCCAUAGAGGUUGAGUCCCCCUCAGACAACCCACAGCUCCCUCCUACCCUGGGAGAUGUCAGAGACACAGGUUGGAAACAUGGAACAGAGGCCUAUGAGAAGGAAUCUACAAGUCAAACCCAUGAGAAGGAACACCCUUAUAAAGGAGAAGAAAACAUGUCCUCAGGGACUCUGUCAGCUGAUUCCUCCCAACCCAAAUGCAACUGCUUAUGCUCACCCCAGUUAUUGGCUAAUAAUGACCUUACUGCAUCCCAUUCUGGAAAUCCUCCGGAUGAAGAAACAAGGCAAACUGCAGAGGUUUAUAAUCCAAAUAACACAGAAGAAAUUUUCCUUAAUUCAAGUACUAUUCCCCAAAACCACCAGAGAACAGUACCUCCCCCAGUCUCACAGUUAAUGGAUGAUAGCCUAAAUAAUGAUGGUCCUAAUGACGAAGUCUUAGCCUCUAGUCAUGAAUAUCCCAAAGCUCAGAAAUAUAUUAGCUUCACCCUUCCGCUGUCAGAGGCAACUGCAUGGGUUUACCCAGGUGAGAGAGCUUUGGUCAACAAGCAGCCCAGUGAGGACUCUGACAGCGAUUAUGAACUUUGUCCAGAGAUAACCCUAACUUACACUGAGGAGUUUUCAGAUGAUGACCUGGAGUAUCUGGAAUGUUCCGAUGUUAUGACGGAUUACUCUAAUGCAGUUUGGCAAAGGAGCUUGCAGGGGACUGAGCGUGUUUUUUUAUUAGAAAGCGAUGACGAGGAGAUGGAAUUCAGUGAGUGUAUCCUGGGUGGGUGUGAGCAUUUCCUCAGUGAAAUGGGUUGUGGGCCUUGGGUGUCGGGUGACACAGGGCCUAUGGAGGCCACCACUGGCUUCUGUGGUUAUCACUCACAAUCCCAAGAAGUGGGGGUCAGGAGCAGCCGUGCCUCCAGGCACAGUGCAUCGUCCCUGUUCUCAGGGACUCUUACUCUCAGACCUGGCCAGGAUGGAACGGCUACGGUGACCGGACAAGAGAGUUGUCCAUUCCCCACUACUUCUGAGGCUGCUGAGAAUGAUUGUCCAGGAAUUCAAGAAGAAACCAGAGAUAGCCACCAAGCAGGAGAGGAAUUCGCCAGUGACAAUUUCCUAGCCAUGGAUAAAGCGGCAACAGAGCUGGAGAUGAAGCCCUUGUCUGAGGGGUCAGAAAGAUCAGGGAUGAAGCAGAGUUUGGAGACCAUGGUGGAGGAAAGAGCCGAGGAAAAGGACUCAGGCAGCCAAAGGAGUACACAGAAAUCUACCAGUGUGCGGCGACCUAGAGCGAAGGGAAAAGCUAAGAAGCUGACCCUGAAAGACAGUGCAGCUGAAAGCAUCCGGAGUCCCCCUCCCAAGGGACCUAUUCAGGCACCACUAAUGUGGAGCAAUGAAGAAGAGACUCCUCAUGCCACAUCAGGCAUUCCUGGCCGGAAUUCUCACUUCCUUGAAGGAGAAAGUGUUACUUCCUCUCCUGCAGAGCAAGACACAAAAACCUUACAACCUUCAGCAGGCGCACUACCUAAGAAAGGGGACACAGGCUUCCAAGGGGAAGGGCUGAGGGUUAGUAACCUACUUGAAACAAGCCAGGCUCCAGACCAGAGUGAUCAUCCUCAGGUGCAAAUUCAGGAAACGGUCAGGGAAAGAAUCUCUCUCAGCCAGAUGCCAGCUUUUUUGGAGCCUACUGGGGAGGAGCCUCCAUUCAUGGGGACCACAACAAAUUUCCUCUCCAACACAGGAGGAAUCCACAAGGAAGAUGCAUUAUUGGCCCAAUACCUGGAGGUAGAAAGCUGUCCCCAAGGUCCACAGCAGGAAGAAAAACAAGACAGAGACAGCACCACAGCUGCAGGUUCCUGGGCAGACCUAGAACAUGAGCUGAGCACCCAAAAAACAAAUGGUGGAAAUGUGCCCUUGGCUGUGGUCUCAGUGCAUCUCCCCCAGGAUGCUAGCACUGAGCCCAGGGAGCUAGAGACCUUCUCUGUUGCUUCCCCUGAGCCCACAGAUUCUGCCCUCACCUUGGAAAAUGUGUGCAGUGGGUCAAGAGACAGAGAAGCAGCAUGUGUGAUGGAGUGUUUUGAAGCUGGUGACCAAGGAACAUGUAAUGAUACCGUGGAUUCUCCUGCUGGAACACCAGUUGAUAAAUAUUUGCCUCAAGAUAUUUGCUCCGUGGACUUUGAGCUGACAGAAGGUCAAAACAAAGUAUGUGAUUUAUAUUCUCCUGAUGACAAGACACUGGCAGUUCUUUUCCAAACACAAUGUUCUGAGCCCCCACAGUCCACAGGCAACAACGGCAAGGAUAGAAACUCAGCAGUGCCCCCUCUUUUUGUCAGUACUUUAACCUGGAACAUGUCACAGGAGGCCACCAAAAGUGGCAGAGGGGAAAGUCUAGCCAAGGCGGAGAACUCCACUGCCAUCUUGUCUUCCACAGCUUUGGCUGACUGGGCGAGGCUGAGCCUCCAGGACUCAGGAAGCCUUGGGGAAAUCCAGCCCCUUUCUGCUGAGAACAAUUCUUUUGUACAUUUUGAACAAGGUGACAAGAGCCCUAGGACCUGUGCCUCAGUCACCACAGACACACCAGCCAGUCAUAGUUCAGUUGUGAAUUUCCCUCAGGAGAAGCCAACAGCAUUAACAGCAUUAAUGGAUAAUGCUGAGUGUCUACAAAAGACCAGAAAGAUUGAGGACAUAUCAGCUGAUACUGUUGCCACCAAAGGUCACCCAGCCACACAUCAUGCUGUUUCAAUUUCUGUGAACAACCUCCCGAGUGGUGCACAGGAGAACUCACCUGGUGCGCCAGAUGAAAAUAACCUCAAUUUUCCUUCCAAUGUACAGUUGAGUCAUGUUUUAAGUAGUCCCACACCUGAAUCUACCAAACAGCUACUUUGCUUGGCUCCCAAUGUGCCUACAGUCUGUGGCAGCCAUGUUCCCCUGCUCCUGGAAGGAGAGGGCUCCUGUAACAAUUCCCCUCUUCAGACUGAUAACCAGUCUAGAGAUAAGAGCCAGACCAUGGUCAGAGCAGAUGAAAAAAGCCUGGAAGAGGAUUUCCAAGAAAAAGGAAAUGAAACAAAGAAAGGACUCCAAUCAGAGAGGCUGUCCCACCAGGGUUCUUUUUUAGCAGAUGAUUUCCAAGAAAGUUUGCUCCCCACAUCUGCUGCACAAGGCGAAGCUAACCUGGUGCUCUUAGAGCACUCCCUAGCAAACUGCAGAGAAGAAAGAGGGCAUAGAUCAGGCUUGGGGACCAAUGUCUCUGUGGUGGCAGAAGCAACGGUAGAAAAAGAUAGCCAGGCACUAAGCAAUGUUCCAUCAUUCUCUGAAAUCCUGCUGGAAGAAUCUGAAGAGACUGGAGCAGAAAAUUGGAAAGCAGGCAAGAAGCUGAAGGUUUUAACCCUAGAAGCUUCUGUUUCUGAAAUCUGGCCACCAACACAAAUAAUGGAGCUUGAGUACAAGGAGGCAGAACCUAGUCCUAUACUCCCUGACAAGGCCUGGGCUCUACCUGAUGCUGUAAAAGCAGAUGCUGCCUUGCCUGAACAGGGUCAUUCAGAUAUGGCAGUCUUGGUUCCCAGUUCUCAGGAUGAGACUGGUCCAGCCCUUGCUGUCCACAGGGAAACCCACGAGGGCAAUGUGCCAACCUGCACCACACACCGGAGAAGUCUUUCUUCUCAGGAUUUGAGCCAACCAAGAUUCCUGGAGUCCUCUGUAGAUGGUGUUGGUGCAAAUGAAUUGUGGGUCACAGAUUCAUUAUCAGAGUCUUCUGGAACUGAAUGGAAGGAAAAUGCUAACAGUGUGAGUCAAGACCAGGGGGAAACCCAGCCCCAGGUGGAUCACUUAGCCUUCUUUAAACAGAUUCUGGCCUUCCCUGGAAUCCUAGAGUCCUCUGUUGAUCCUGUUGAUGAUACAGGUGGGAUGGAGUACCCCAGGGCUGAGAAACCAGAGACUUCUGAUUUCACAUUGGGUGUCAUUAGAGAGGGGGGACAAUUGACUGACAGGAACUUGGACCAGAGAGUUGAAGUCCAACCUGCCAUUCUGCAAGUUCCAUGUCCCCCAAAUAUCGGGGGGAACAUUCCAAAUGAAAACAGAAUCAACCAAGGAGAUAGCAAGAGAGAAGAGGGUGAACAAAGUCAACAUAGUGAAGCAGAAGUGGAGGUCCAGCCUGCCAUCUGGCAGGCCCCGUGUCCUAAUGCAGGUGAGCAAAGAAUUCCAAGUGCAUGCAACAUUGGCCAAAUGCAAGAGGGCAGUGACAGAAGCUCAGAGAAGGCUGGACACAGUGCAGAGAACAAAGCUGGAUCUACUUUCCCCAAUUCUUCUCUUGCUGAUAGUCUUACAAUAAUGACUCAGGUGUCUGUUGGGGUUAUUUCUCACAGCUCUGCAGGCCAAAGUCUUGAUCAAUCUGAAAAUGACUUGGUUGAGCCCAGUAACCGUCAGUAUGCAUUUUCUGACUCAAAGGAAAGGGGAACUAUUGAGAAUGAGUGUGGGAAACAUGUGCCCUCUUCUAGUGAUCUUAUGCAAUUGCCUUGCACCUCAUCUCCUGAAGGGAACACCACACACUUUCCAAUAAGUCAUAGAAUUGAGGAACUGAAAAGAGAGGAGUCUCAAGCCGGGGAGCCCAAACUCCCAAGCUCAUCUGGCUCCACCUCAAUGACUUCGGCAUUCAUUUCAGGAAAAUGUGAGUCAGAGAAAGCCCCUGAGUUCCUGCAGGACCCAUGGCAAAAGGGCUCCAUCCUGGGCAGUGGGAAAAAGCCAAGGGAGAAGGAGAAGCCCAGCCAUGUGGCCACACAGACUGGCAAAUUACUGGGUGCUCAACCAACAGUGCCCAGGUCAGAGGAAGUUAGAAAGAAGCAAGAACCUUCAGGAAGUGGACAUUUAGCUGAGGGAGUAAAGAAGAAAAUACUGUCCAGGGUGGCAGCCUUGAGACUGAAAUUGGAAGAGAAGGAAAAUGUCAGAAAGAACUCGAGUCUUCUUAGAAAGAUUCCUAAACUCGAAAAAUCAUUGUCACGCACUGAUGAGAAAAAAGACCCGAAAAAGGCACCUUGCAAAAGAGAACAAAAAGCUCCAGUAUUACUGAAAAAGAUCCAAGCAGAGAUGUUCCCUGACCACUCUGGAAAUGUAAAAUUGAGCUGCCAGUUUGCAGAAAUUCAUGAAGACUCUACUAUCUGGUGGACAAAAGAUUCCAAGUCAAUAGCCCAAGUUCAGAGAAGCGCAGGGGACAACUCUGCCGUGUCUUUGGCCAUCGUUCAAGCCAGUCAGAAGGACCAGGGUCUCUAUUACUGCUGCAUCAAGAACAGUUUUGGCAAAGUGACUGCUGAGUUUAACCUGACAGCUGAAGUUCUCGAGCAGCUCUCCAGCCACCUGGAUAUUAAAGGAUGUGAAGAGAUUGAGUUCAGCCAGCUCAUCUUCAGAGAAGACUUCCUCAAUGACAGCUACUUUGGGGGCCGCCUGCGUGGGCAGAUUGCCACGGAGGAGCUGCACUUUGGCGAAGGCGUGCACCGCAAGGCCUUUCGCAGCACCGUGAUGCAGGGCCUCACACCUGUCUUCCAGCCCGGCCACGCCUGCGUGCUCAAGGUGCACAACACUGUAGCCCACGGGACCAGAAACAAUGAUGAGCUCAUUCAAAGGAACUACAAGCUUGCUGCCCAGGAAUGCUAUGUUCAAAAUACUGCCAGACACUAUGCCAAGAUCUAUGCUGCUGAAGCACAGCCUCUGGAAGGCUUCGGAGAAGUACCGGAGAUCAUUCCUAUUUUUCUUAUCCAUCGGCCUGAGAACACCAUCCCAUAUGCAACAGUGGAAGAGGAGCUAAUUGGAGAAUUUGUGAAGUAUUCCAUCAGAGAUGGGAAGGAAAUAAACUUCUUGAGAAAAGAAUCAGAAGCUGGUCAGAAAUGUUGUACCUUCCAGCACUGGGUAUACCAGAAAACCAGUGGCUGCCUCCUGGUCACAGACAUGCAGGGUGUAGGAAUGAAGUUAACUGACGUUGGCAUAGCAACACUGGCUAAAGGGUACAAAGGAUUUAAGGGCAACUGUUCCAUGACCUUCAUUGAUCAGUUUAAAGUAUUACACCAGUGCAACAAGUACUGUAAAAUGCUGGGGCUGAAAUCCCUUCAAAACAACAAUCAGAAAGCAAAGAAGUCAAGCCCUGGGAACAGCAAAGUUCAGACAAACUCUGUAACAGUGAAGAACCCAGAGCUUGGGGCCCCAGCAGAAAAGAAAAGCUAGCAUCUCUCGCAAACUAGUGGCCACCAGCUAGCAGAACACAGGCUGUGAGUGAAAAUCUGCAGACGCCCAGAAGGUGGUAACACAGCCUGCGCGGAGUGUGUGGCAUUCCUUACUCCCAGCCGCCUGAGCCCCAAGAUGCUUCUGUCCUCAUCACCUGCCAACUAAUGAAAUGACCUCGGAAUGAGAUUUGUGACCAGACUUGUGGAGACACUGCGUCAGAUGUCAGUCUCAAAGACAGUCCCUUCUUUUUGCAUUGUUACCAAACUCACGUCUUCUGUCUGUCUGUGUAUUUUCACGUGGCUUUGUUGUCAAGGACUUGGUGCUGAGCAGGGUCUGUCCACAGCCCAAAUCCUUCCAGUCUCACUCCUCAGCUCAGGGUUCUAGGCCUAUCCAGCUUUGAUGUGAACACAAAUCGUCAAUGUCGAGUUUUGCACGAGUGUUGAGUAUGCUGCUAUUGCUGAAAGAGGCUCCCGAAAUGUAAGGCCACUUUCCACCAUUGUUCACAGUCACUUACAAUUUUCUGUUUCAUUAAAUUCAUAUUUAAACAAAAAGUGUAAGAUUCACU